UGUGGUUUCUCCCCUCUCCCCCCCCCCUUCAUUAGGAACAUGAAUAUUAAGCUAGAACCACAAUCUUGCAGGAUAUAUUUUCUCUGCUGCCUGGUACUGGCUUCCUUCAUCUCUUCUGCAGCAGAAGAACACACAGAUGGGAAUCAUCAGCGAACUGGGCGCCUUGAUAGGAACAUGGUACAAGAUAAGGACCACAUCCUGGAAGAUUUAGAUGGUGUAAUUGAUAAACCAGAAUCUGAGAUGUCACCACAAGAAUUGCAGCUUCAUUACUUCAAAAUGCACGACUAUGACGGCAACAAUUUGCUUGAUGGGUUAGAACUUGUUACAGCCAUAUCACAUGUACAUAAAGAGGAUGGUAGUGAACAUGCCCAGACCAUGAAAGAAGAGGAUCUCAUUGGCUUAAUUGAUGACGUCUUGCGAGAUGAUGAUAAAAAUAAUGAUGGCUACAUCGACUAUGCCGAAUUUGCAAAGUCACUGGAAUAAAAACAAAAAAUCAUUCUUGUUUGUGUGACCCAGUAAAAUGUGAUUUUUUUGACUGCCUCUCUGUCAUAUGUUCUACUGUUCAGGCUGCAAAAUGAAUGGUAGGGAAAUGUGUCAACUAUUUCUUUAUUUUUUAUAUGUUUGGGAGAGAAACCUGUGCUGGGAGCCAUUUGAUAACUUAACACUGUUGAGCAAUAAAAUACACUGUCCAAGUUAGCUAAUCAUUUGGCAGCAUUGGCUUAAAGGCUUAGUUACAGAGACUAUGGUCUGGAAACUUCUUAUCUCCAGAAUACUUUUCAAAGGAGCAUUGGAAAAGCUCACAGCCAUGCAGUCACUACUUCUGAAACAUUCUUCAGUGUGAGUCCUUCAAAACAAGUGACUGCAGUGCUCUGAUCAAGAACUUGGGUUUCUUUUUCUGUCUCAUCGAAACUAGUUUGAGUGCUGAAGUCUGAAACUUCAAACUAAGUUUCAAUUCACAGUCUAAUUCAGUGUUCAUGUUUCUUAUGACUUCCAGAUUAAAUCUGCAAAAAAAAAAAAAAAGGAAUGUGGCCACAACCCAGGAAAAUUUUAAUCCUUUACAAAGCCCAUGCCUUUCACUGGAGAGAUUAAGCACAUGCUUAACCUCUUCCCUUAAAAUGGACGUGAAUGUUUAAAAAGUGCUCUGUAGGUCGGAUCCCCCAUUUGAGCCCAUUGAGGAGUUGACAACGUGGAUCUUUUCUCUUGCUUCCCUUGGCACCCUGCUGUUGAUUCCAAAACUCCUCUCCAAGUAUCAGGAGAGUCAAGCAAGUUUGGCCACCUUCUCUUAACUCUUCUGCUAGAUCCUAAGUAUCAUUAAGUGAAGGGUUGCAGUGUAGCCAUGCACCUGCCAUUCAGGUGUUGCCCUUUACUGUGUGUUCCCCUGUCUCCAAUCCUCUGAUUACUUUAAAAAAUUAGUAUACCUUUUACAUCUUCUAUGCCAUUAAUCCAGUAUUUUGUUUGGGGGUUCAUGUUUUCAGAAAGCGUAGGUUAAAUACUUCUGUUUGGUGUAGUCCACUACCAAGAACUGUUCCUGUGUUAAGUCAGUUGAUUGUUACAGUCACAGCAAAACGCUGCCUUGUUAAGGUUCUCACCAAUGUACCUUGACGUGAAUUCAUGGUGUUAGUUUUACAGGAAAAAAUACAAAGUAUUUUCACAGCUAACUCUUUGAAAGAGAGUCUUUAAAUACUUGAAUGGUCUGCUUAAUUAAAGUGAUCGUGGAGCUCUCUGCCACUUUGGGUUCCGUGUCUAUUCAGCAGCCCUGUAUGGUUCUAAAGAGAGAUGAUGCUAUCUUGAUGUUUGACCUACUGUAUAAAAUGGAUCAGAAAAGCAUUAUGCUUUAAUCUAGAAUGUUCAGAAAGAGACAAAAACCAAACUGCUCUCUGUAGAUUGUAUAAAGACCUAUUUUCUGUAUAAAAAUAUUCUUAUAUAAAGUGCAUUUGUAACAAAAAUUGUUUCCUUUUGUUAAUUGUGUAACAAAAGCUACUUGUACUAUGUUCUUGUAACAUCUGACUUAUUAGACACAUUUGUAUAAUGGUUUAUGCUAAAUAUAAAAGCAAUAAAAUUCAAAA